UUCAAGGUCCAGAUGUGGCGUGUUAACCCAAAUCGCAUUAUAAGCAGACGAUCGCAUUUUGCAGGCUAAGGCAGGAUUUGUUUCAUUCCGCGAAAAUGCGACACACAUACCUGCCACUGAAACAGCGACAGCCCAAAAGAGCCGCGGGCGCUACAAUGCUAAUGUUGUCGGGGGCUUUGACUUCUCCCAGCCACUGCAAAGAAGCCGCUCCGUGUGACAGCAACGGCUUUCGCUCUCACCCCCGGUGCUCGCUAUUUUUUUCACGCCUCUUCAUUUUUGGCAGGUGUGUUGGAGAGGGUGAAAAAAAAGCCUCACUGCUUUCUCCUAUCUCUUUAACCCUAAACGUCUUGAGCCGUAAUGGACGAAACGGAUAUCAUGGACUUAACGCAUCAGAAGGCGAGAAAGCGUCCCCGUCCAAUCAGUUCCGUGGAUGAGUCCGUGCACGCUUCCCUCAAACGGCUCCCGAUCCGAGCGGCGGAGUGCAGGGAGAGCUCGCUGAUGUUCGCUGUCAGGGGAGAGCCCGUUCCCGCAGCAUCUCUGAAGCAAAAUGACCAUUCGGUGACUUCCUCUCCAACCACAGUGAUGCCGGCGCAGGAUAAUCGCUCCAGCAUGUCCAGGCCCAUGAUCACACGGUCACCGGUGUCUCCCUUGAGUAACCAGGGCAUCCCAACACCUGCUCAGCUCACCAAGUCCAAUGCUCCUGUGCACAUCGAUGUAGGUGGGCACAUGUACACCAGCAGUCUGGCCACCUUAACAAAAUUUCCAGAAUCUCGAAUUGGUCGUCUCUUUGAUGGCACAGAGCCUAUAGUCCUGGACAGCCUGAAGCAGCACUACUUCAUUGACAGGGAUGGACACAUGUUCCGCUAUAUCCUCAACUUCCUCAGGACGUCCAAGCUCCUCAUCCCCGACGACUUCAAAGACUACAGCUUGCUGUAUGAGGAAGCACGAUAUUUCCAGCUGCAGCCCAUGCUUGCUGAGCUGGAGCGCUGGCGCCAGGACCAGGAGCUAGGUCGGGUGUCCCGUCCCUGCGAGUGCUUGGUGGUGCGUGUUGCACCCGACCUGGGCGAGAGGAUCACACUCAGCGGUGACAAGGCCCUGAUCGAAGAUGUGUUUCCAGAAAUCGGAGACGUUAUGUGCAACUCCGUCAAUGCCGGCUGGAACCACGACUCCACACACGUCAUCCGGUUCCCACUGAAUGGGUACUGUCACCUCAACUCUGUCCAGGUUCUAGAGCGUCUCCAGCAACGUGGCUUCGAGAUCGCUGGCUCCUGCGGCGGAGGCGUGGACUCAUCCCAGUUCAGCGAGUACGUCCUGAGGAGGGAACUGAGGAGGACAAGUCAGCGAGGGCCCAAUUCAAACAGGAUAAAGCAGGAGCAGCUAGACUAGAAGCCUCCCAAGCAGCAGGAGGUGCUAGACUUUUCUGUGGCAGCCAAACGCUUGACGCUGCAGAGCUCUGUGGACUCUGUUUUUCUUUGUUCCCUUGUUGAUGUUUUUUGUUUUCUUAAACUUGAGAAUCAUCUAAAGAAUAAAAAUGAAGUGCAACAGGAGAUUUUUUUUUUUGCCAUAAGAAGAUACAAGAUAUUUGAUAAGUUUGAGAUUGUCCCCCUAAACCAGUUUAAAAAAGGAUUUAUAUAUGCUGGAUCCCCAAACAAAGUUUGUUUUAAAACUUGGAGCCUACAUUAGGUUGAAUAGGAGUCCUAAUUUUCCCAUAUAAAUUAAAAAGAAAAGAAUUUGUUGCUGAUUUUCUGUGUUGCAUAGCUUUUUUUUAUUUGUAUUUUUUCAACCAGUGACUUGAUUCAGUCUCGCUGGCAUAUUGGUUAAGUCUGUUUUUACCCCUUGUUUUGAAAAGGUCACUAAUGUGUUGCUUACAGUGCAGAAUGUCUUCGUUGUCAUAAACAGUUAGUCUCAACAACAGCAUCUGUUUUUCAUAUAAUAACAUGACGUUAAAUAAUUACGAUACCAAUGAAGUGUUUUUUCUUUAAUUGCUUAUUUUAUUGGCUUAAGUCAAAAAAAUACAGUUGACAUCAAAAUUUAACUUCAAAGACUUUUAUAUAUAUAUAUAUAUAUAUAUACACACACACACACACACACAUGUAUGCAGUAAGGAAAUAGAAGAAGCUACUUUCGUCUGCUCUCUUAUUCACAAGGGGUCACCACAGCGGGUAGCAUGCAUGUUUGAUUUGACAGAUUGUUCUUAUUCCGGAUGCCCUUCCUGCCACAACCCCAAAAGGGAUUUGUGUCUCCUCAAACUGGGGAUCUUUCUUUUGUUGGGAAACAUGUAAACCACUACACUAUGGAGCCGCUAGAUGCAGUAAGGAAAUCAUUUUGUGAAUUAUUAUGACACACCAUUUGCCUCAUCAGGGACUAUGAGCUGCAAACCCCCCGCGUCCUACUUUGGGAAUUAUUUAAUUGGAUCAAAAAAAAUUCCCUUGAGUCAUGACCUGUAAAUUUUCAUCGUAUAUGUGUUUGUGUUUUUUACAUUUAAACUUUUUAAAGGAAAUUUUGUUGCUUCAGACAUGACUGAACAGAUUAAAAGCUUAUUGUACUACCCA